CAAUUUGGAUGAUUCGUCCAAGUUCAUCAAGUUCUUGUUUUGUCUCGAUUUGAUUCGUUUUGUUGGCAGUACAUUUUAUAAUUCGAGUUGGAAUAUUUAAUUAAUGUGAUUAGAAAGUGUAUAGUUUUAGAACUGCCCAUCAUUUACUUAAAUUUCUUUAAUAGACUCAUUGUUUUAAUAUAGUUUGGUCAGUUAGUUAAUAAAGUGUAAUUAAAAAUGAGUGAGACAUCAAAUCCUACUGCACUACCUAGAAGUUUAAAUUAUGAAGCAUUAAAGGCUCAUAUAAUUACGCACAAAAUAAAUUGUGGCCUAUGGUUAAUUAGGGUCAUAGGCAUUGUCUGCUCCAUAGCUUACUUCAUUCCAAUAUUUGGAAAUCCUUACAAUUACUACUACAAAGUACUCCUAGCAAAUGCAGCUAUCAGUGCAUUGAGAUUACAUCAAAGGAUAGGCAGAGUGCAAUUCACGAGACAAUUUGCUGCAGAAUUACUUUCAGAAGAUAGUUGUCACUAUCUUUUCUAUUCGUUGAUAUUUUUAUACGUAUCGCCAGUAUCAUUGGUACUCGUACCAAUUAUCCUCUUCUGCGUACUACAUUCUGCUAGUUAUUCACUGACGUUGUUAGAUACAUUAGGUCAAAAUUCAUGGUGGGGCGCAAGAUUACUGAUUUCUCUAGUAGAAUUCCAGUCCCUCAACAUCCUCAAAGCAGUUGCAUUUACAGAAAUAUUUUUGAUGCCUUACACAGUCCUAUUAAUAUUGAUGGGCAGAGCGAGUUUGUUGACACCAUUCAUCUACUACCACUUCUUGACGCAGAGAUACACCUCGAGGAGAAACCCCUACACGAGAAACAUGUUCCGGGAACUACGCGUUCUUUUUGAGAAAACCGCAGCCAAGCCCAGCAUGCCUUCGUUUGUUAAGCAAUUCCUUCUGUUAGUUGUCAACUUCACCACAAAACUUGCCCCAGUACAAAUUCAGAUGCCACCAACUCAGCAUCAACAGUAGAACAUAGAGAAUUUACUUCAUUAUUAUUAGUGUAAAAGUAUUGUAUAGUUACUGGGAAAUGUUUUGAGUCACAAUCAAUGGAAUAUUUGUUAAUUAUGUUUUUUAAUAAAACGAGUACGAAAGGUUUUCUACACGAUGUUACUAAAUUAUUUAAUUCCUUA